AUGGGUACUUUUCUUCUACUUCCACAGCUUCACUAUUCUCGCUCACAUGUCUUAAAACCUAACGAUCCAACCACGCAAUUUCCAUACUCUCGAAAGCCUCCUCCUUUUGGAAAGAUUUUGAAGCUGCAUUAUCAGCUCAACCCACCCAAUGCUUCCAUCAAUGGCGACUCCACCAACGGAGCCAUUGAAUCCCCAAAAACCUCUCGUCGAGGCCGCAAAAAGAAACCCUCUUCAGCUGCCACUCCAACAACAACCAAAAGAAGUAAACGCUCGAAGAAAAUCGAUGCCGAAAAUGGCGCAGUUGAUUCAAAUCCGGCUAAGCAAGUAGCAGUAGCGGAAUUAAACGAAGACAUAGAAGACUACGAUGAUGGUAUGGAUUUCCCGUAUGAUUACCCGCCGUUGAUAUGCUGCUUUGGUGCCGCGCAGAAAGAAUUUGUGCCUACGGUGAGGGUGCAUGACAAUCAGAUGCACCCGGAUAUGUAUUCGCAAUGGAAAAUGCUGCAGUGGGACCCGCCGGAGUUCGCGAGGGCCCCAGGUGGGUCACCCUCCAACGUGGCGAUAUCUCACGUGAGGCUGGGAGGCAGGGCGGCCUUCAUGGGGAAAGUUGGGGACGAUGAUUUUGGGGAGGAGCUGGUUUUGAUGAUGAAUAAGGAAAGAGUUCAAACACGGGCUGUGAAGUUUGAUGAGAAUGUGAAAACGGCUUGUAGUUUUAUGAAGGUCAAAUUUGAGGGUGGUAAGAUGAAGAUGGAGAUGGUGAAGGAAGCUGCUGAGGAUUCCCUUCUUGCCUCUGAAUUGAACCUUGCUGUGCUCAAAGAGGCUAGGAUUUUCCACUUCAAUUCAGAAGCUCUAACAUCUACUUCCAUGCAAUCAUCUCUAUUUAGUGCAAUCAAAUUAUCUAAGAAAUUUGGAGGGCUUAUAUUUUUUGAUAUUAAUUUGCCACUGCCUUUGUGGAGGUCACGUGAUGAGACGAGGGAAGUAAUCAAGAAAGCUUGGAAUGAAGCAGACUUUAUUGAGGUUUCAAGGAAAGAGCUAGAAUUUCUCCUAGACGAAGAUUAUUACGAGAGGAAAAGGAAUUACAGGCCUCAAUAUUAUGCUGAAAAUUAUGAACAAACAAAGAAAUGGCGAAAUUAUUAUCAUUAUACACCCGAGGAAAUCUCUCCACUAUGGCAUGAUGGACUUAAGUUUUUGUUCGUGACUGAUGGAACCCUUAGGAUUCAUUACUACUCAACUUUGUUUGAUGGUGUUGUGGUGGGAACAGAAGAUGUGCUCAUUACACCAUUCACUUGUGAUAGGACUGGAUCUGGUGAUGCUGUUGUGGCUGCUCUCAUGAGAAAGCUUACUACUAGCCCUGAGAUGUUUGAAAAUCAAGAUGUUUUGGAGAGGGAGCUUCGUUUUGCAGUUGCAGCAGGAAUUAUAUCACAAUGGACAAUUGGUGCAGUUAGAGGUUUUCCUACUGAAAGUGCAACUCAAAAUUUGAAAGAACAGGUCUAUGUACCUUCAAUGUGGUAGGUUGGAAUCAAGAUGCAGAGCAUCCAUGCUAUGAGUUUCACUGGCAGGUCAUUUCACAAGUUUAUAGGCCCCCUUUCAAAUGCGAGAUAGAGUUAUAAUUGAAAGAAGAUUUCAUGAGAUGUAGGCUGAUGGACUUUAUUCCAUCUUCAGGGGCUUAAAUUGGUGCAAUGUACAGGAGAAUUUAUUCGUAGAUUAUUCUUCUUGUGAUUGAAAAAUCAGAUUAUGUUCAUUAA